GGCCCUUCCGCUUCUCCCUGUCAACCUUGUUACGCGAAACUUGCUGAACGAAUUCAUACCCGCAUCCAGACUGUCAAAAGCUCUCCCAGAUGUCCUCCCUCGAAGCCUGGGCCCUUCCCCACCUCGAAAAACUCCUGCCGCUCGACAACGAGUCGUUAAAACAGAUAAUCACGUACACCGCCAGUUUGUCGAAAGCAGAGAGUGCAGAGCACUUACGGAAUUUGCUGGACGAUUCGGCCGCGUCUUUGGAGUUUAUCGCGGGGUUUAAUUUCAGGAGAGGUAACGGGGGUGGUGGUGUACAGGCGCAAUCACAGACAGCAGCUACUAGAGGCGGGAGAUCUGUAGGGAAUAAUAAUACUGGCUCGGGCGCGAGGCGGAAUCAAAGGCAGAAAGAUUCGAUACAUACCCCGACCGCGAUUAGAAGGCCGGAGAGAUACGGCGAUGUGAGCGGAGGAUACGUGAAGUCACGGAAGGAGGAGGAUUAUAUUCCUGGCGCUUCGUCGCAGGAGCACAUACCUUCAUCUUCGGCGGAUGCAUCGCGAAACGAAAGCCCAGCGGGAAGAAGGCCUGGAAAGCCGCCUCCGUCAGCAUCUGGUCCGUUGAUAUCAGAGUAUUUACCGAAUGUUAGAUCGAAGAAGGCAAAGACACCCGGGACUACUACACCCUCUCGCGGGUGCGGUCAGACUCAGUCCGGAGGGGCAACGCCGACAACAACGACGACGAAUAACAUCGCCGAUCUCACUUCUGCGAUCGCAGCGCUCGAAGUCUCUACAAACCCAAAGGAACGCAAGCGGAGAAAAUGUAAUUGCAACGCGAAUCUCCAUCCGCUCUUCACUCCAGCGCCAAAUUGUCUCUCCUGUGGAAAAAUAAUAUGCGCACUAGAAGGGCUACAACCAUGCUCGUUUUGCGGAACGCCGCUGCUAUCUACGACCGAGAUACAGGACAUGAUUCGAGAAUUACGCGCCGAACGCGGCAACGAGAAGAUGCGCGCACACAACGAGAGCGUGCAUCGUGAUUCCGGCCCGGCACCGGCGUUUGCCACGAGCAGCGAUAGCAAAUUGGAGGCAGCCAAGGCCCAUCGCGACAAGUUACUCUCUUUCCAAGCCCAAAAUGCACAGCGAACGAGGAUCGUGGAUGAAGCUGCGGACUUCGAUAUACCUACCAGUUCGUCAACGCAGUGGAUGACGCCGGCGCAGCGCGCAUUGGCGUUGAAAAAACAGCAACGGUUGAUGCGGGAGAUGGAGGAGCGGAAUCGACCGGAGUGGGAGAGGAGGAAUAUGGUUAUGAGUUUGGAUAUUAAGAGAGGCAAAGUUGUGCGGACGUUUGAGCGCGAAGAAGUGUCUCAAACGCCGGAUAAUGAGUCAGAGGAUGAGGAUGAGGAAGUUGACCAGACAGUGGGUGCUGGUGGACUGUCUGGUGCGGAUAAAGAAGGCGUAUUUGCGCGGAAUCCGCUGCUUAAAGGGGCUGGGUUAGUUAGGCCGGUGUGGAAGGCGGCUGGGUCUGUGGGAGGAGACGGUGGUAUUCAGACGAGGAGGAGAGAGCAGAGACAGACGUGGAGGCGUGUGCAGGAUGAUGACGACGAUAAUGAGCGGUGGAUUCUCGAUGGAGGAUUGCACGGCCAUGCUCACGAGGACGACGUUGGGCGGUGUAAUGCUCUUGUCACAUAA